AUGUCGUCCGCCACCGAAAAGCACGUCGAAAUCGCCUCCGAGGCCGCAGCCGUUCAGGACAACGCCGAUGAGGCUCCUCAGGGCUUCUUCGGCCGCGUCAAGUCGGCCUUCAAGAGCACCACACGCUCCGGCCGACGUGAGGCUCAGGCCAAGGCGCUCGCUGCCGAAAAGGAGCGUCAGCGCAACGUCGACCCGCGCCCCUUCCCCUUCCGUCCCAUCGAGCUCGCCGACCUCCUCGACCCAAAGAGCGUAGAGAAGCUCCGUGACAUGGGCGGUGUCAAGGGCGUCCUCGCAUCCCUCGGCACAGACGAGCACCGCGGUCUCGACCUCGGCGGCGUCAAGGCCAUCGAGUCCGGCGCCGCCCACCACGACAUCGAGAGCACACCCGCCAUCGCCGACCCCACCAACCGAGACCCCAACUUUGUCAACGCCUCCGAAGAGGACCGCGUCCGCGUAUUCGGCAACAACACGCUACCCGAGCGCAAGUCCAACAGCCUCCUCCUCCUCAUGUGGCUCGCCCUCCAGGACAAGAUCCUCAUCCUCCUCUGUAUCGCCGCCGUCAUCUCGCUCGCCCUUGGUCUCUACACCGAUUUCGGUACGCCCCCCGAGCAGGUCGCCUGCACCGUCAACGGCGUCGAAUCCAUCUGCGACGCCGCACAGGUUGACUGGGUCGAGGGUGUCGCCAUCCUCGUCGCCGUCGUCAUCGUUGACCUCGUCGGCUCCGUCAACGACUACCAGAAGGAGCGCCAGUUCAAGAAGCUCAACGCAAAGAAGGAGCAGCGCGACGUCAAGGUCAUCCGUCAGGGCAAGCCCGCCCUCAUGUCUGUCUACGACGUCGUCGUCGGCGACAUCCUCCAGCUCGAGCCCGGUGAGAUCGUCCCCUGCGACGGCAUCUUCCUCCGCGGUCACAAUGUAAAGUGCGACGAGUCCGGCGCCACCGGCGAGUCCGACAUGAUCCGCAAGGUCACCUACGACGAGUGCAUCCAGGACCUCGAAGAGGCGCGCCGCACCAACUCCAAGCCCAAGAACCGCGACUGCUUCCUCAUCUCCGGCUCCAAGGUCCUCGAGGGCGUCGGCGAGUACGUCGUCAUCGCCGUCGGCUCCACCAGUUUCAACGGGAAGCUCAUGCUCUCCCUCCGCAGCGACGCCGAAGACACCCCGCUCCAGUCCAAGCUCAACCGCCUCGCCGACCUCAUCGCCUGGCUCGGUGGUUCCGCCGGUAUCAUUCUCUUCACCGCACUCAUGAUCCGAUUCUUUGUUCACCUCGCCCAGGAGCCCGACCGCACCGCCAACGACAAGGCGCAGGACUUCAUUCAGAUCCUCAUCAUUGCCGUCACCGUCGUUGUCGUCGCCGUGCCCGAAGGUCUGCCCCUUGCCGUCACGCUCGCCCUCGCCUUUGCCACGAAGCGCAUGACAAAGAUGAACCUCCUCGUCCGUUUGCUCGGCGCCUGCGAGACCAUGGCCAACGCCAGCGUCGUCUGCACCGACAAGACCGGCACGCUCACCCAGAACGAGAUGAGCGUCGUCGCCGGCAGCAUCGGCGUCAACUUCAAGUUUGCCGACCGCCUCGAGGCCAACCGCAAGCGUGUCGAGACCGAGCACGACUCCUCCGCCAACGCACAGACCCGCAUCGUCGAGCAGAACGAGCUCAACAGCGCCAUCAGCACGCCGCUCCAGAAGCUCCUCAACGACUCCAUCGCCAUCAACUCGACUGCCUUUGAAGAGGACGCCGAAUCCGCCUCCGACGAUGCGGCUGUUAGCCCCGUCGUCGCUGUCAAGAAGCACGGCAUCUCUGGUCUCCUCAAGUGGAAGUCGAGCAAGAAGGCCGCCACCGAGGAAAAGAAGAAGGACAUUGGAUUUGUCGGCUCCAAGACCGAGACCGCGCUGCUCAAGAUGGCCAAGGAGCUCCGCUGGGAGGACUACCGUGCCUCGCGAGACCGCGCCGAGGUCGUCCAGAUGAUCCCCUUCAGCUCCGAGCGCAAGGCCAUGGGUGUCGUCGUCAAGCGCCCCGAGGGCGGCUUCCGCGUCUACCUUAAGGGUGCCAGCGAGGUCCUCACCCGUCUCUGCACUCACCACGUCGAGGUUGAGGGCCAGGAUGCCGACGCUGUUCACGUCGAGCCGCUCGAUGCCGCCAAGCUCGACAAGGUCAACUCCACCAUCACCGGUUUCGCCAACCAGACGCUCCGAACCCUCGCCCUCGUCUACCGUGACCUCGAGGCUUUCCCGCCCGCCGACGCCAAGUAUGACGAGUCGGGCGAGGUCGAGUACGCCUCGCUCGCCCAGAACCUCACGCUUGUUGCCAUCGCCGCCAUCGAGGACCCACUGCGACCCGGUGUCACCGACGCCGUCGAAGCUUGCCGCCGUGCUGGUGUGCAGGUCAAGAUGUGCACCGGUGACAAUGUGCUCACCGCCAAGUCUAUCGCCACCCAGUGUGGUAUCUAUACUCCCGGUGGCAUCGUCAUGGAAGGCCCCGUCUUCCGCAAGCUCAGCCGAACCGACAUGCUCGAGGUGGUGCCAAAGCUGCAGGUGCUCGCCCGAUCCUCGCCCGAGGACAAGAAGAUCCUCGUCGAGACGCUCAAGAGCCUCGGCGAGGUCGUCGGUGUCACCGGCGACGGUACCAACGACGGUCCCGCGCUCAAGACAGCCAACGUCGGUUUCUCGAUGGGCAUCGCCGGUACCGAGGUGGCCAAGGAGGCCUCGGACAUUAUUCUCAUGGACGACAACUUUGCCUCGAUUGUCAGCGCCAUCAUGUGGGGCCGCUGUGUCAACGAUGCGGUGCGCAAGUUCCUCCAGUUCCAGCUUUCCGUCAACAUCUCGGCCGUCAUUGUCACCUUUGUCACCGCCGUCGCGUCCGAGGAGGGCGAAUCGGCGCUCAAGGCGGUGCAGCUGCUCUGGAUCAACCUGAUCAUGGACACGCUCGCCGCACUUGCGCUCGCCACCGACCCUGCCACGCCUGAACUGCUGGACCGCAAGCCGGACCGCCGCACUGCGCCGCUCAUCUCGACCGACAUGUGGAAGAUGAUCGUGGGCCAGUCGAUCUACCAGUUCACCGUGAUCCUGGUGCUCAACUUUGCCGGCAAGUCGAUCCUGGGCAUGAACGGUACCACCGAGGCGGCGAUCGCGCGCGAAGAUACGGAACUCUCUGCGCUGGUGUUCAACUCGUUCGUGUGGUGCCAGCUGUUCAACCAGGUCAAUUCGCGUUCGCUCAACCGCAAGCUCAACAUCUUCAGCAACCUGCACAAGAACCCGUGGUUCCUGGGCAUCAUGGCGAUUGAGAUUGGAUUCCAGAUCCUCAUCAUGUUCGUUGGCGGUGCGGCGUUCUCGGUGAUCAAGCUCACUGGACGCGACUGGGCGGUUUCGAUCGUUAUCGGUGCGGUAUCGUGGCCGCUGGCGGUGUUGAUUCGACUUAUCCCCACGCAGCCCAUCGAGGAUCUGCUGAUUAGGUGGAGGAUCAUGUCGGACCCGAACGCGCUUCCUGCGACGUCUGGCGAUGUGGAUGGAUCCGACGACGGCAAGAAGGACACGCGCGCACGCACGUUCUCCGAAUGGCUUCCUGCGGUGGGUCAGGUUGGCGAGCAGCUCAACUCGUUCCGCGGCAUUCGCAGCGGCCGUAUCCGCGCCACGCCGAGGAUCUACGAGUCGCGCGCACACCAGCUCAAGUCGGCCAACAUCCACCACCAGAGCAUCCUCGCCAUGGUCCCCGGUUUUGUGGUUGCCAGCAUCGGCGGAAACUGGCGCUCCGAACCGCAACGGGAGACCAAGAAGACCCAGCAGAAGGAGGUGGUUCAGGACGGCGAAACCGUCGAUACAGUCACGCUGUUCAAGGACGGAAAGCUGACCUUCCAUCCCGAGACGAGUGAGGAUGACGAUCUGCUCAGGAGACUCAAGUCUGCAACCAGCAGCAAGUAA